AGUUAAACGGUGCGCUCAUAAUAUCCAUCCUAGAAAAAUGCUUCAUUUCUCAUCAUCGGGACGUUGAUCGGGGCGCAAGUGUGCGCUGGGUCGGUAGCUUGUGGUUGGAGGUCUCAAGCAGUGAAAAGUGCAAGUGUUUAAAUCCGCUGGCCGCGUGAGUCUUCCUUGUGUGUGAGUGUUUCAUAACGGCGGCAUGCCGCCGCGUCGCAAGGCAGCUGUUGACGCUGAAGAGAAGAAACGCAAACGAGCCGAGGCUGCGCGCGCUCGACGGGCCAGUGAAAGUGCCGACGCGCGCGCGGCUCGUCUCGCCAAAGCACGCGCCAGCCACGCCAAGAAGACAGGUGAAGCUCGCGAAGCCCGGCUCGCCCAAAUGCGUGCAUAUCGUGCACGCCAGGAGCGGCGGGACGUCCCGCAACGUUUGGACGCCCUGGAGCGGAACAGAGUCGCCCAACACAGACGCGUGGCUGCCGAGACUUCGGAGAAAUACAACGAGCGUCUCCUGCGUUGCAGGACGGCUAAGCAGAUCCGAUGGGCUUCGAUGAGCGAAGAAGAACGGCAAGCGGAAUUGGCUCACCGCAGAGAACUUCAAAGGACUCGGUACCUUCUGAUGCCGGCGAGGGAACGUGCACACUUGCUUGAUCGCAUGAGAGCGGCGGCUCGCGCUCGCCGAGCUGCAGCGACCAGCAAUGCAGAUCCUGCUGCACCGAGAACCGCACGGUGUGUCGUGCCAGUCUGCCACUCACGGUCAGCACCCAGCUCCAUCCUGUACCCCUUGCCUGCUGAGCCGUCCCAGCGCCAGGCUUGGAUUGACUUUGUGCGUGGGUGCCCCUGUGGUGAUGCCUGUGACUGGAACCCACCAACCAAUGAGAUCAGUUUCGUGUGCUCACUGCACUUCACAGUGCGCUGCUUCCGGUUUCAGCGACCACGUGGUGGCAGUGCGGGCUAUAGGAAGCGUCUAAAAAGGGGCGCAGUGCCAACGCUGUACCCGAUUGAAGAGCAGUGCAGUUCAACAGCCAAUAAGAAUUCCCUUGACAACACUGCAGAACGCUUGGCUUCCUCUGCCGUCGAAGAUGCAGAAAGGAGGACACGCAAUUCAUUGGCUUCCAGCCAGUCAGUUACAGCGCCACCUCACGGGAAUGAACAAAACUAUCUCAACCAAAGCAUGGCCUCCAAGACCUGUAUGCAUAGACAAGCCUGCUGGUGCCAGCUCGACAGGCUCCGCUUGCUUCACUGGCUGUGCUUUCCGAAGCCAUCGACGCAAAAGGGAAACGGGCUGUAGUAGCCAACGUUUGGUGACCGUGAAAUGGCGCGGGUUUGAAUACUGCAUAUGUUGUGUCAACGCGCGUACUCAUACACUGAAUGCACCCCAAGAAAGAAGUUUCCCAUUGCUGAUGGUAUGCAAGAAGCAUGCACUCUGGUAAAUAUGUUGAAAAGUCAUAGUAUUAUACCAAUAAAGAAGGCUGUUCAAGAAGGGUAGUCCUUGCUGUUAAAUAAUUAAACCUGCCUCUACGCACAAAUCUCAUUUACGUGCACUUCGCUCAUGCACACCACCAUGUCCACUGUGUUGUUUACAAUUAGCAAGAAUGAAAGCACAGGCACAAUAUCACUUCUUUAGCGGUAUUCGAACUGCGCCAUUUCGCGGUCACCGAACGUCGGCUACUACAGCUUGUUUCUCUUUUGCGCUGAUGGCUUCGGAAAGCACAGCCAGUGAACCAAGUGGAGCCGGUCGAGCCGGCGUCUGCAGGCUUGUAUAUGCGAACAGGGCUCGGAGGCUAUGCUUUGGUUGGGAUAGUUUUAUUCAUUCCCGUGAAGUGGCGCUGCAAAAAUUACCGUUCAAUGUAAAAAAAUUUUAUUUUGUUAUUCCUUCAUGUUAUGCUUCACUCUUUCUUGCAUUACAUAGCAAUAGCAGCAAGUAUUAAGCAGCAGUAUAAAUAAUAUAAACAUCGGCACAUGAAGUAAUAAAAGAGAGAAAAACACUACCCCUUGCUGAGAUUUGAACCCCGGUCUUUUGCGUGGGAAGCAGACAUUCUAUCUCUGCACCACGCCGCAUGAGUGCUGCCGAUCGCAGCGCCCCCAACGGCGUUACGGUCUCUUGGCUUCACUUUGAAUGCAUUGAAAGAGGGGCCGUUCCGGACAUUCUCCAUGUUUUAGUACACUCUACACUCUUCACUUUUCUUUUUUCCCCGCAAACAGAGUCCAAAAAUCUAGAUACAGACUAAAAAUUACUGAAACACUGCCCAUUCAAGUCUAUUCACUACACCAGUGUACUACCUGUGGAAUUGGCACAGGCCCUAGUGUAACAUGUAGCAUUUCUUCGCCAUCACUGGCAUACUAGUAUUGUCAUUGUUGUCAAGCCAUCUUUGUUUUCAUGCUCUCACUUUGCCAUUGUCACAUGCACAAUUGCUCACACGCCUUACACGGACAAAUAAGGCCAUCUAGUAACACUUUGCACUGUUUCAAAUGAUGCUAGAUAGUCGGCUCCCUGCACAGUGGUUCUCGUAACAUUGUUUUCCACAGAGCAUGAGAUUUGCAUAGUUUCUUCCUUUAUUAGUUUUGGUGCAAAGGUGAUAAUCUUUGAAAGGCUUUUGUGGCAUGAGCAACAUUGGCACUAUGUGCGCCUAGGACAGUCAUCACUACAAAAUUAUUGAGCAGAUACCAAAGAGUACCCUGUUAACAUGAGUAUAAAAUAAACUUUAGGGUUUCGAGCCUUCAUAAAGGCAAGUGAACUGCAGAAUGCAGCGCUUGACUAGUGGAAGCCUCUUGUCUUUAGUACUUAGGUUUUCGGCACCUCUGCUUUAUUUGAAGAUUUCUCGUCUCAGUGGACCAACGCCUUUAUCUGUCUGUCUGUAACUGUCUGGCCUCUCUCC